AUGUCCGAACCACAAAGCUCAGCUGCUGCUCCUCAGGGUGCUCCAGAGACAGCGACCUGGGAUCCAGCUGUUGAAAAAGGAGAAAACGGCACCACCCCUGUUGCCGCCCGGCGGCAUCAACAGACAGUCUCUCAAGUUGCAGCUCCUGUCUUUACCAAAUUGGGUAACCCUGGUCCCUUGGGGUUGCUUGCUUUCGCAAUUACGACGUUCGUAGUUGGUCUCCUCGAGUGUGAAGGCAAUGUUGGCCCCAACCAAGCCUCCUUCGGAAUCGUGGUUUUCAUGGGUGGAACUGCCCAGAUCCUUGCAGGUAUCAUGCAAUUCCGUGUCGGUAACACUUUUGGUACGACCGUUCACUGUGCCUAUGGUGCAUUCUGGUUGAGUUUCGGCAUGUUCAUGCUGCCGUACCUCGGUAUUGAGGCUGCUUACAAGGGUGAUAAGAGAGCUUACUCUUUCGCCCUCGGGAUUUAUCUGAUCAUGUGGUGUUUCUUGACAGUGUUAUUCUUUAUCGCUGCCCUUCGGACUAACAUUGCAAUUCUUUGUGUCUUCUUCUUCCUAAUCAUGGCGUUCCUCUUCCUCAGCCUUGCCAACUUUACUUCUACGGAGCAUGCCACUGCUAGCAGGAAUCUGAAUAAGGCAGGCGGGGCAUUUGCAUGUGUUUGUGCUUUCUGUGCUUUCUAUGCUGGUGCGUCGGGCCUCAUGGUGCCUGAAACUACUUGGGUGCGGUUCCCGCUGGGUGAGAUCGAUAACUUUUAG